AUGCUCGCCGCCGAUGCCAAACGCUCGAGAGCCUGCGAGGCCUGUCGCGGUCUCAAGGUGCGCUGUGACAUGGACAACAGCGGACAGCCGUGCAAGCGCUGCGCCAAAGCUGGCCGUCAGUGCAUCGUCACCCAGCCCAGCCGGCGCCGCCAGAAGAAGGCCGACACACGUGUUGCUGAACUCGAGAAGAAGAUUGAUGCCCUUACCCAGGUUCUGCACCAACAACAGCAGUCCCACCAGGUCCCCUUCCAAUCGCCUCUCCAGUCCGACGCCUAUCCUCAGCCCACAUUCGACCCUAACCGACACGAACCACCUCUCGCCGACGUCGACUACGAAGCUGACGACCGUCGCAAGCGAAGACGCCUUGACGACCCGUCCAAGCCACUCUACGCAACCAUUUACAAUGACUAUGGCGAGUAUGUCAAGCAACGCGUGCGCCAGAUCAUAGACUGGCACUCGUGCUGCACAAUCUUCGCCCACUUCAAGGACCGCCUGGUUCCUGAGUUCCCUGCCGUUGUGCUGCCUGCCGAUGCCACUCCCGAAUCGACACUUGAAAACAAGCCUAUUCUGUUCUUGUGUAUCACUGCUGCUGCUUGCUUCAGAUUCGUCGAGACUGAGAUCCAAGAUGCUUUGACAGAAGAGGUGUUCGAUGUGCUUGCUACUGCCGUCAUUCGCAAGGGUCUAAAGAGUCUCGAGAUCAUCCAGGGUCUGCAAGUGGCUUUCCUCUGGCACAAGCCUCCAGAUCGUCCCGCUCAGGCAAACUUCUACAUGCUGAUCCACAUGGCUGUUGUCAUGGCUCUCGAUGUUGGUCUCGGAAAGCGUUUCAAUCCGAACAAGGUCAAGCGUGGCUUCGGUGGAGUCGGCGCCGACCUGCCUCCUGGUCCUGGUAGUCAACUCGUCGACUCGGACACGAUUGAUUCACGAAGAGCAUGGCUAGCGUGCUACUACACAUCAGUGAGCGUGUCGUCCGUCUUGCGCCGCCCUAAUCUCUUGCGCUGGUCGAAUUACAUGCAGGAGUGCAUCGACAUUUUAGAGAGCUCGCCUGAUGCUGCCCCUUCAGAUGCCCUAUUUACUCAGCACGUCAAGAUUCAGCGUAUCUGUGAUGAGAUCUCCGUCUCGUUCGCCAUGGAGGAUCCCACCGCCUCAAUUUCCAUCCUUGAUCCGAAGGUCGCUUACACUCUCGAGGUACUGCAAGAGAAACUCGACAAGUGGGAUCAAGAGCUACCAGCUCACCUGAAACUCCCUACUCUAAUGUUCUACAAACAUGUCACGUCUUUGUAUCUUCACGAAAUUGGUCUUCAUGUCAACCACAACACAGACGACUUUAGAGUACCUUUCAGUGAGGGAAGUCUCAAGUCUGGCAGCCACUUUUCCGAAACGCUCAGCCAGAAGCAGAUGGCUUCGAUCGAGGCCUGUCUCAAGGCAUGCCACAACGUCAUCGGAACUUUCUGUGACUUUGGUCCGGAUACUGUCUCUACUCUCCCUGCUCUCCUCUAUUUUGUGCGUAUCGUCUAUGCGCUCGUAGUCUUGAUCAAGAUGCAUGUCGCCGCCACAUUCCCAGGCUCGGAGCUGGGCAAAGUCAUCAAGCCCGAAGACAUCAAAGCCCCCGAGUUUCUGGAUCGUGUAUAUCACUGCUUCGUUGCAUUGGCCCAGGGUAGUUCUCAAAAGGCUUUCUCCAAGGCUCACCAGAUUCUCGGUCUUCUCCGUGAGUGGACCGCUGCUCAUUCCAACGGUGUUGAGAGUUCAAAAGAAAUCAACGCUCGUGGCGUUCAAGGUCAGCGUCUCUCUUCGCGCGACAACGAUAGUCUCCGUGUCCUGAGUGAGGCCGCUACUGCAGGCGCCGAGCAGUCACACCAGCGAUCUAGCUGGAGCUUUGAUUCUCCCUACACGCCAGCAUCGCAGUACCCGUCCCACGAAGCACCGAAUCAGACCUCUCGCUCUCAAAGUGAUGCCUACAGUAACCCAGCAAACUAUGCGUCUACCGUCAUGUCUACGCCAGGUUCUGGAAAUCACCAAGCUGUAUCUGCUAAUGAUGCCUCUGCCUAUGCUAGCAUGCUUGAUCCCAGUUUCGCCAAGCAGUUCGGUGGUGCCGAAUGGACUCAGGGGAUGGACUUUGAACAAGCCAUCGACGUGGCAUUGUCGGGUCUGGACUUUUCGGGCGACAUGUACACGAGUUUCUUUGGCGAUGGCGCCGACGCUUUUCAACUCCCUCCUGAUGCAGCUGCUGCCAGUGGCAGAUGGUGA